AUGCUUAUCAUUGUAAAUAUUCGUCAAAGUCGACGCCGUAUUCAGGUUAUACCUGAAGUAACAGCUAGUAUUCACCAGACAUCCAUCAGACAUAUUCAACAAACUAAUAUGAAAUUCAUUCGAUUGGCUUUAAUGCAAAGUCUUUCAUUUGGAUUGUUAAAUAUUAGUUUUGUAGUAUAUGUUAUCUAUGAUUUUGCGACUAGUGGACAAACAAAAAAUUCUGAUCAACUAGUCAUUAACGGCUUUAUUUAUGGCGUUUCAAUUCAUCCUAUUUAUAUAUUCUCGUCGAUCACAUUUGCAACAUACACAUUAGCAUCAGCCAAGUUUCGCAAAGAGUGCAUUUCUACAAGUCGUCGUCUUGGUACAAAAUUACUACGUCGUUUUAUACAUUAA